AGCCCAGCCUUGGAUUGAGCAGCAGUGCAUUCUCAAUGAUUGAGGACUCGGAGAAGGAAGAGUUAAACAGAUGUGGAGAAGAGCUCGGAGCUGCCAUGGAUCCACCUUCACAGAGAUGCGGUGCCUUCUCGCACAGCUGACUGGGAACACAGGUAUUCCGUGUGAAGGAAGGGGGCUGUGUGUCGGCGUACUUGUUGAUCUCCGGGCUCAAACAGCGCGGUGCGACAUGCGGUCCGGGAAGCCGCCGGUUUGCGGUUCGAGUCGUGCUGAGGAUCUUUCCUUGCCAUGUCGGAGAGAGAGGACGGGGAGACGGGUUAAACCCUGACAUUUGUAAACCAAUAUCGACGCCUCCUUUUUUUCUUUUUUGGCUUUUUCACGCCCAUCAUCUUCGCUUGUAGCUACGGAUUGAUUGAUCACAGAGCUGACACUACAAUGAAAGAAAAGAACAUCAACAGUAGUCCAUAGACCUGGCUGUUUGCAUGCUUCCUCAACUCGAAAUCAUCAUGGAAAAAUCCUUGGAUUUAAACAAAGCUGGCUCCCGGUCAACAUCAUCCCUUCCACCUGAGCCAGUGGACAUCAUCCGCAGUAAGUCCUGUUACCGCCGAGUCAGGCUGAAUGUCGGAGGUCUCCCACAUGAAGUCUUAUGGCGAACCUUGGACCGCCUGCCACGGACUCGUUUGGGAAAACUGAGAGACUGCAACUCCCACGAUUCUCUGAUGGAGGUCUGUGAUGACUACAACCUGGAUGAGAAUGAGUACUUCUUUGAUCGACAUCCAGGAGCCUUCACAUCCAUUCUGAACUUCUACCGCACGGGCAAGCUGCACAUGAUGGAGGAGAUGUGUGCCCUGUCCUUCAGCCAGGAGCUCGAUUACUGGGGCAUCGAUGAGAUCUAUCUAGAAUCCUGCUGCCAGGCUAGAUACCACCAGAAAAAGGAGCAGAUGAACGAGGAGCUAAAGAGAGAGGCAGAUAAUAUAAAAGAUAUAGAGGGAGAAGAAUUUGACAACACCUGUUGUGCAGAAAAACGGAAGAAACUUUGGGAUCUUCUGGAAAAGCCAAGCUCAUCAGUCGCAGCAAAGAUCUUGGCCAUCAUCUCAAUUCUCUUCAUUGUGCUAUCUACCAUUGCACUGUCUCUAAACACUCUACCAGAGCUGCAGGGCACCGAUGAGUUUGGCCAGUCGACUGACAACCCACAGCUAGCACAUGUGGAAGCUGUUUGUAUUGCCUGGUUUACCAUGGAAUACCUGCUUCGUUUUCUCUCCUCUCCAAAUAAAUGGAAGUUCUUCAAGGGUCCCCUCAAUGUCAUUGACCUGCUGGCAAUUCUGCCUUACUAUGUCACCAUCUUCUUAACAGAAUCCAACAAGAGUGUUCUGCAGUUUCAGAACGUCCGCCGUGUGGUUCAGAUUUUUAGGAUUAUGCGUAUCCUUCGUAUCCUGAAGUUAGCUCGUCACUCUACAGGUCUUCAGUCACUGGGCUUUACACUAAGGAGGAGCUACAAUGAGCUGGGCCUGCUUAUUCUUUUUCUGGCCAUGGGUAUCAUGAUCUUCUCUAGUCUUGUGUUUUUUGCUGAGAAAGACGAAGAAGAUACAAAGUUCAAAAGCAUUCCAGCUUCCUUCUGGUGGGCCACCAUCACCAUGACCACAGUAGGGUAUGGAGAUAUCUAUCCCAAAACGCUCUUGGGAAAGAUUGUGGGGGGGUUGUGCUGUAUUGCUGGAGUCCUUGUAAUUGCCCUACCAAUUCCUAUCAUUGUAAAUAACUUCUCUGAAUUCUAUAAGGAGCAGAAAAGGCAAGAAAAGGCCCUGAAAAGAAGGGAAGCUCUUGAGAGGGCAAAAAGAAAUGGUAGCAUUGUUUCUAUGAACUUAAAAGAGGCUUUUGCUCGUAGCGCAGAACUCAUGGACGUAGUGGUAGAAAAGACGGAACGACCUCAUGAUAACCACCUUUCUCCAAGUCACUGGAAAUGGGCGUCGAGAAGAGCUACAUCAGAGACAAGUUCAAACCGUUCUUUUAACGCCCAAGAGAUAGGCUCGCCCUGCAAAAAUCGAGACACCAGUCCCCAAAGACUAAAUGUUGAAAAACUAGAAGAGAUGUAUAGCCAAAUGGCAAAGACACAGUCACAACCCAACCUCAAUGCAAAAGACAGAGGUUCCAAAAUUAGCAAACAGAGGGAUGAGAUAGAGCUUGGAGCCAUUCAUGACCAUGGACCAUCAGUCCUCGGAACCAAAGAUGGAGUUGGGGACAUGAAAAGCUUAUCCAGCAUUGAUAGCUACAUCAGUUGUGCUACAGACUUUCAAGAGAAUCCACGCUAUCCCCACAGUCCAGCACCAGACAUUGGUCUUAAAGAAAGUAACCGCUUUAAUUUUGGUCCAGUUACAGUUUUUUCUCAGCACAUUUGUAAAAAGGUUGGCCAGCAAAUCAAAGGGCAGCAUGAGUCUGUGCAAAGUCCAACAUCAAAGUCCUCUGGCCCAGAGAAUACAAGAAGAUUUUUCUUUUCUGGAAACUCCUCAAAAAGCCUUAAAGGAGGCUGCCGUAGCGAUGGGGAUUCUGGGCUUUCCCCACUUUCAGACAGCUCUGUUGUUUCAGACCAAUCUCUGUUGAGCCCUGAAGCAUCUGUGUACACCACUGCCAGCAGCAGGACGCCCCCAAAGUCACCAGAGAGUGCUGCCAUGGCUCCAACAGUCUUCACUUUUCAUGACUCGUCAAUCAGCAAAUACAUUGACGCUGAUACAGAUGAUGAUGAACACCUCCGGGACAUCACUGAGGCAAGUCCCUCAGAUCGUCUGCUUGCUGCUGGCAGCCCAAAACGCAGUAUUAACAUAAAUUACCAGAGAGGAACUAACCAUUUAGAGGCAGCCCAAAAGAUGUUGGGCCAGAACUGCUACUUUCCUCUUGAAGGUAUUCGUGGAAAAGCUCAUGAAAAUCAUAUAGGUCCUGACCCAGCACGUAGACCAAAGGCUGAGCGAGGACGGCAAAAUACCGUGGACAAAAGCCUUUGAAGCAUAAGUUAUCAGAGACAUGUGGAAAGCUGUCAAACAAACUUCUGAUGUCAAAUAAAGGAGAGACAAAGAAAGGCAAAGAGAAAAAGGCUCUCUUAUUUGCAAAUAACCUGAGCGUGCAAAUAGAGCAACAAGCUCUGGUUCGAUACAUGUUGGGAAUACUUUGGAAGAAAAACCCCUUAAGUUGGACAAUGUCACUGCCCCUUCUUUCAGUUCAUUCCUGUGUGCUGUGUUCCACACCCUCAAAAGUAAAGAACACCCCCAGGUAGCCAUUGAAUUAGUCAAAUGAAGCGGAGUUAGAAGAGAGGUUUUACUUUGACUAUCAUAGAACAACAAAGUAACACAACAAAAUAAUAUUUUUAGCUAAAGCUAUUUUCUCCAUUUCCCAUUAAAAACAAAGUCCACCUUCUUGUAUUGACUGCCAAUAGACAUUUUUUUUACUCUUGGAGACCUACCAGGGGACCUAGAAGCCUAUAAGCUACAUAUUGUGCCCUCCAUUCUCAAACCUGGCCUUAAUCAUUUACAUUUGUAAGAAUGUGAGUGAGACAAUUUGAAUAUGAAUGGGUGAAUUAUGAGAAACUGAUAUAAAGAAAAAUCUUAAAAACAGUCUAACCUGAUUUAUUUUUUUUAUAGAUAAGAGUCACUAUAUGGAAGUUAUUUUUUAGUCUACCAUGUCAGAUUUCUAUGUCAUACGUGGGGUUUAGUGUCUGCAGUUGCAAAUCAUUUUUCAUUACAUGGGCCACCCUCUAUUAAGCAUCUGUCCUACUAUCCUUUAGGGUAACAUGUCUAAAAAAUGGUUGAAAACAGAGUAUCUGCCACAGAAAGGAUUUUCGCAGUACCUCUGUAGUUUGUUUCAUAAUAAUAAAAAAUGGGUCUUGGGUUUUAGUUAUGAGUUUAAAGUAAAAUGAGAAAUGCACAUAAAAUGCACACUAAUCGCACAUCCAGGAACCUACAACGUAGAAAAUACAUGAAUUGGCUGGAAAAAAUGGUUGAAGAAAACAUUAAAGUAGACAUUUCUAGAGGUAUUUUGUGAAUUACUGACUUACUAGAUGAAUGGACAGGUUCUCAGCAAGUGUUGGCCUUGAUAUGACUAACAAAGUUUUAAAUAGCUGAAUAAUAUACAAAACUUUGUCUUUUCUUUGUUUCACCUAUGUUUUUAAAGGGAUCAACUCUAUUAGCACUGACUAUAUACAAGGAUUAUUUUUAUAGUAUCUAUAAAGUAUUGUCAGUGUGGAUCCACCAAACACACAAAUGCACGCACACACAAACCUGUUGAAGAUUGAUAUAAGCUUUAUAGAUACUAUUAUUUUCCAUAGUGACAGGAGUUGACAAAAGUAUAUUUUAAGAGCAAAGCAAAGACUUGUUAUUUAGGGUUGGAUGUUUGCAUGUCACAUGUGCUCUUAGGCAUAUAUAAAAAUCCUCACUGAUAAAAGACAUGUACUUAUAAUAUGGAAGGUAUCUAUGAUAGUUGCAUGUCAAAAUCACUCCUCACUCAUAUAAACACUAUGUCAUUGCAAAUGUGUGCUAGAAGCCUAUAAAAUUAGAAUAAAAACUCCAUAUCCACCAUUUUUAUAUCUUUAUAUCAUGUCUUCAAAAAUUUAGUUAACUCUCCACUACCUGUUUACACUUUCAUGUUUAGCAAUGUCCUGUUUGGCAUUGGGGAAAAAGUGCUGACCCCUCCUGUGUCAAAACUUUACCAGAGUAAAUACAGAAAAGCUGUUUUCAAGUGAUAAUUUGCUUUUUCCCCUAUUUUAACCUAUACAAUUCCUGCAAUUGACCACAAUGUUUAUUUUAUAAAUUUUUUUUUUAAGUCAACCUCAUAGCUGAUUAUGAUUAGAAUUAUAAAUAAAUAAUAAAAAAAUAACACUUCAAUAGUAUAUCUUACAACAUAAAGUGUAAAAACAAUAUGUCGUAAUACAGUUAAGAGGUUAGUUUGAAGGAGGCACUCAUGCUCAAACCUUACAAUGUUUUGGAAUAAAACAUCACUGUAAAGAAGAGUGGCUCAAAUUUCCUUCACAUUGAUGUCAAAGAUUCAUUGCCACCUAAAGCAAACACUUUGCACAGCCAGCUCCUAGGUUUAUGUGGGAAUUAGUUUUCCAUCAAGGGCAAAGUUGGAUUUGAUGUUUUUGUCCUUUAAGGAAAAAAUAUCAUUUGAAUACAGCAUUUUGUAUUUACUCAGGUUUAUUUGUUAGAUAUUGAAGUUCUUUGAUCCGAAACAUUUAAGUGUGGCUGGAAAAAAAAUCAUAAAAUAAAUGAUUUUCCACAACAGAGUAACAUGAGAAGAGAAACAAUCCUAAGUCACAGUGUAUAAUUCACUAAAGCACAUAAAUGUCAAAUCUUUAAUCCAAACCUU